AUGAAGAAACAUCUACAUAAUUUUCCAACGAAAAAUUUAUUUUACUAAGCGCCCGUUAGUCUACAAAAGCAAUAUGGAGCGGCAACUGCAUACGUGGCUACGUUACAGCAUACUGCACGGUGUUUAUCUGGGUAAAAGCAGCAAUCAAGCAACGGUACAUAUACCGCAACAAGCGUGGCUGGGCGCAACUAAACAGCUCUCACGAAAUGCGCUGCUACAGCGCGUGCAAGUCUUCGUAUUACUCUGCGUCAUCGGCGCGCUCUACAUACACGGUCUGAAUUGGCUGGGCUCCGAGCCGGGACUCAUGCUCACUUGGGUAGCGGCAACGGUGAUCUUUACCACACAAAUAUGCACGAAUUUCCUCAUAAUAAUGGAGGCGCUCUGGAAGCAGACAGAACACGAGACAUUCCUCCUGCUGUUAGAUGAGAUUGAAGAGUCAUUGAAAUUUCGCUUGCGCGUGCAUGUCCAAUCGCAUUUGUUGUGUAAAAUUGUGCGCACACAUAUAAUUUAUCUCGCCGCAUUGUCGUUUGCCUCCUUAGCGCUCUUCAUUGUAACCUCAAUUUGGCUGAAUUACAUCGGUUAUUUCUGGCAUGGACUUUGGUCCAUUAUAACCAUGCGCCUACGUAUAAUACAGCUGAUCGUCUAUGUGCGCGUGUUGCGGCACUAUCUCGAGUGUGUCUGUGCGAAAUUGUGUCAAAUUGAAGCCUACCGUACGGCGCCAACGCAGCAACUGCUGGACAUCAAUUACGAAAAGUUGGUUUCGCUGGAGUGCCUGGUAGCCAUCAAAGACAUAUAUACGCAGCUGCAUAGGACAUUCCACCUAUUAAAUAGCUUUGCCGGUUGGUCACUGUUUAGCAUCAUCACCUGCUUUACUUUCGAUUUUACCUGCAAUAUAUAUUGGACUCUACUGAGCCUGGAUGGUUUGGUAAGGCGUCGGUAUUAUUAUAUUGCUGGACCGGCUGCAAUGUUACCGCUGAUCGCGCUCAUUUGUCACCUGUGUUAUUUAUGUGACAACUGCACAAAAUUAGGACGCACUAUGGCACAUUUACUGAGUAAGAUAGUAAUCAUGAGCUCAGCAAGUUCACUCCGCUCAUAUCGGCUGGUGUUAUAUCAACUCUCCACUCAGUUACAACUACAACGCAUUGAAGUGACGGCACAGCAUUUCUUUGUUUUGGAGAUACGCUUUUUAAUGACGAUCAUCACGGCAGUAGCAAUGAACUUGGUGAUACUUAUACAAUUUUUAUAUUCCUAAAGUUAAACGAUAUUAAAAACAUUUAAUUAUUGACUAAAGUUGUAUUUAUUAGUGAAAAAUAUUAAAUAAAGAUUAUCAUUGAAUUAAUGGUUUC